AUGCCUGAGCCGGGGCCGCACGGGCCGACAUUGGAUGCAGCGGGACGUCCUAUGCCGAGCGGCACCUCACCAGCAAAUGCAACGUCUCCAGCAUCUUCGCUGUCACGAGGCAACGAGUUGUCAGAAGAUGCAGCGCAUGGAUCAUCUGCGAGGUCCGAUGCUCACAAUGAUCCCAGCGGACCAUUGCCUCGCAAACGGCGACGGACAACCAAAGCUUGCGAUGAUUGUCGGCGGAAGAAAAUCAAAUGCGACGGGAAGCGUCCGUGUUCGAGCUGCGCAGACUUCAACUCUGAUUGCACAUAUGCCAGGUCGGCCGCCUCCGAGAAAGAGGCCAAGUCGAAUGAACCUGCCUCUAAAUCGGCCGAUGCAGAGGCGCUGGAGAAGAAAUUGCACGCUGCCGAGUCGCUUUUACGCCGGAUCUUGCCGCAGGUUGAUCUAAGCAACCCGGAAGCCGUGGCCGCUUCUUCGCAGACUUUAAGCUCCAGGCCGCUGUUGCGCCCAACUCCACGAAAAGGGACACCCCCCAUUGCCGUACCCGCGGAGUCUGCAGGAGAGCCUGGGAGGUUCAUCACCUUGAGAGAUCGGGUUAGCCAGUUGGACCUGACUGAAACUGGAGAAUAUGAUUUCCACGGAUCUUCGUCUGGAGCAGCCUUCCUGAGUCAGAUUGCUCAGCAAUUUCCAGGUCUUUUUCGCUAUGAUUCCAGGCUACCGUUUUUGCCGCAAUCGCCGUCGUCGUUUCGAAGUGAGGCUUUGCAACAUCACGGCCAUGCCGGGGAAUGGACGUGGCAAGACAAGCAUGAUUUCUUGGAACUGCCCGUCAGGCAAUUAGCACAGGAUCUUUGCGAUUACGCAUUCAGUCGGGCGUCGUGCAUUCUGCGAGUCGUUCAUGCACCAUCCUUCUGGAAAUCCUUCGACCACCUAUACCAGGGAAGACCCCAGCGAUUUACACUCGAGCAACGUCGAUUCGUCGGACUUCUCUUUUCUGUCAUGGCCCUUGGAUCAAUGUAUGACGUUGAUGAGAACGAUCCGACCAAUCCUGACCAUUAUGCUGUUGCCAUCCAUCGAGGGCACAAUUAUUACAAAUCAGCAAGGCAUUAUCUUGGAGAUAUCACCGAGACAUCUGAUAUCGUAACUCUACAGGCUCUGGCCUUCAUCAUUCAAUUUCUACAGGCUACUGGUAACCUGAACGGCUGCCAUACCUUUGUCGGCAUUGCCCUUCGCUCGGCUUUGCGUAUGGGGCUUCAUCGUCACUUUCCACAUACUUCCAAAGCACCAAUAGUAGACGAGACGAGGAGGAGAGUCUUUCAUACCAUCCGUCAAAUGGACAUCUAUCUGUCUACUACCCUUGGGCUUCCGCUACCCCUACAGGAGAAAGAUAUUGACCAGGCCUGGCCGACAGAAGUGGACGAUGAAUACAUCACAGAAAACAGCAUCCGAAAACCUCCACAUAGUCGCCCGUCCUUUUUGGAGGCAUCCAAUGCCCAUGCAAGACUGAUGCGAAUCCUUGCCCAAGUCGUAGAUCACUUAUAUCCGCCUACAGGGGCAGAUAGGGAAUCCGAGGACAUGACGUACAUGAUAAGCGUUGCUAAGAUAAGGGAGAUAGAAGAAGACCUUCACAGCUGGCAUGAAAGCCUCUCCCCUAUCUGGCGUCCGGGACCGGAAGAGAAUUUGGAAAUCGCCCGAAUCAAGGUCCUUCUCAGAUUUGCCUAUGCACACGUACAAAUGAUGUUAUACCGACCCUUUCUUCAGUACUAUUCCCAACAGAAGUCAACGGUGAAGACUGUAGAUGAACGAUACUUUGCACUUGCAACUGCCGGUAUCAACGUCUGCCGGAACAUUGUCCACAUAGGCUUGGAGAUCCGCAAACAGGCUGUGCUGAUCGGACCAUACUGGUUCAUCGCUUACACGCAGUUUUUCGCAGUUCUGAGCUUGUUAUUAUAUGUGCUGAACAAUCAAGACCAGCCAGGUGUUCUGGAUCUUUUUGCCGAUGCCAAAUUGGGCAAGGACUGCAUUGCUGGUUUUACACAGAGAAGUCUGGCUGCUGAUAGGGUGACCACAGCUCUAAAUUCACUAUUUGAUAAUCUACCUGAUCGCUUCAAAUCAAAAGGGCUAGAAGCGAACCGAGUAUCCACGCCGAGCCCCGCAGCGGUCAAUCCCAAGCCUCAAACGCCGAUUUUUCUACAGGCUAUACUGAACUUUCCAGACAAUCAUCAGCGAUGGCCGUCAGAUACAGUUCCAACUUCUGGUAGCGCACCGCCUGGGAGCCACACGACAGCCUCCAGGCAUAGCUCCAGUCCCUACAUCUCAAGGCCUCCUCAAUAUGAGGUACCUUCCAGUCUCAUGGACUUCCCCAUCGAAGAUCCAUUCGCAUACCCCUUAUUGCCCGGCGUUAGUCUUGCUGACAACACUUUUGCGACGUUGCCGGAAGAUUCUUUGCAACUGCCAAUAUUUGAUGCAAACAUGAAUAUCGAAGGCCAGCUUUUGCAUUUCAACAAUAUUCACUUUUCAUCCCCAUUUCCAACAUCUUCGACCAAUGAUAUGGGGUAUCAAGCUUACUAG